CCUCCUUGGACCAACAAGUACUACAAACUGAUCAAAGAUACUACUAUGGGGGCUCUGUGUCUGGCUGACGAUUUGCGUUUCUCUUUUCGCCCUGGUUCACCCUGAACUGUGACUUGGCAGCCUCCGUAGCAGCUCUAGAACCUUCUUCAAUCAGCCCACGGACUACUUCACGCUAGCUGUGAUUACUACUGACUUAGCGUUAGUACGGUUGCCCGGAUAUCGUAUCGCCAACUUUGGUUGUAAACUCGACCUCAGGGUGGCCUUCACAUCACCGGUUGCCGGAAAGUAUUCUGCCGACUUUCUCUUCGCCGAGGUGGCGACGAGCAUCAAAUGUAUAAAUUAGCCUGCUUCUUACCUUAGAAUGCAUCCUUGUUCUGCUUAUGGAAUUCCUCUGGUUUCCCGUAAUUGCGUUUGGUGUAUACUUUGUUGCUCUGUCUAUCGGGCGCGCCUUUCGACGCAAAGUGCUUCGAGAGCAAACAUGCCUUUUGGAUGCCGAUAACUUGGGCGUCAGACACGCAGGAGGAAAAAUCAAGGACACCGCUGUUAUCUGUGGUGGAAGUGUCAGGGGUCUUAUUACGGCGCGCGUAUGCCACGACCACUUUGAACAAGUCGUUAUUGUCGAGCCAGAGGCAUGGAAAGAAGACAAACGUUCUCGAAUCAUGCAGUACAAUUCUUUGCACAGUAGGAUCAGAUCGCCUUUCCUGCUGGCGAUGGGAUUCGUUGUCCUAUCCAAACUAUUCCCCAACCUUGAUGAAGAAUGUAAAGCUUGCGGGAUAAGGAUUGGCCCCAAUGAAGCUCACACUUUCGUGUCCGGUAAACGUAUCCAGUCCCCGAAAGCAGAGUAUGGCGGUUCACUUCCCAAGACCACAUACGCCGGACGUCCUGGACUCGAAACACUCAUACGGCGUCUUGUUCUCGGCGGCAACUACAAGAACAUUCGUCAGAUCAAGGGCACGGUCACCGGCACCUCUCGAGAUGGAGUAGACCCUCAAUUCCUCGAAUCAGUAACAGUACGAACACCCGAAGGCACCAUGAACAUACCCGCCACGCUCGUCGUCGAUUGUACGGGCCCAGCAAUGGCAGGCAUCAAAUGGCUGGGACGAGAAGGAUACGGUUUUGCUGACAAAUACUCCAAGAACCAGCUUCCCCUCGACAAACUGAAAAUCACUUACGAUCAAAAACUACAUUACUCGACACUCCAAUUCCGCGUCCCUCCUGAACUUGGGAGGAGACUACCAGGGCUUCCGGUUCCAUACGAUGAAUGCGGAGUGAUUUACUGCCUCUUCACAGACCCUGCCAAGGAUCAUCGCAUCAUGUAUUCUCAGCGCGUGGAUGGAGACAUCCUUCAAGUCGCCUUCCUGGCCUGGGGAGAGUGCGAGCUUCCGACAACCCUCGAGGAGGUCAAGGCUUGCGCUCGCAGUCUGGUCACCCAAGAGCCGAUUCCCCAGACGUUCUUUGAUAUGUUGGACGCAUUGAAGGAAGUGGAGGAUACUAUGACAUGCAGUCGACUCGGUUUUCCUAGGUCAAGUUACAUCAGAUACGAGAGGGCGGUGAAUUUGCCUUCUAAUUGGGUGGCUCUUGGUGAUAGCGUUAUGAGAGUUAAUCCCAUCCAUGGACAGGGCUGCACGAAAGCUUUCUUCGGUGCCCUUUGUCUGAACACCUUACUCCAGAACCUGACCGCGAUUCCCAAGGGGUUCUCUAAGAAGUACUUUGACAUGCACACGGCCAAGGUCGCACCCCUUUGGCACGCGACGAAGACGGGUGGUAAGCAUGCAUUAUCAAUUACCGCCUAUGAUUGGCUUAUUUUCUUAGACUACGCAUACCCAACGACGAUUCCUGUCUCCGGGGAGACAUUAGCCAAAGGCUCCUGGCUGCGUUGGUAUACGAGGAAGCUCUAUGCCGUAGCUUUCAAUGAUGCCCAAGCCGGAUCAGCUCUUUGGCAUUCCAGAGUACUUCUUGCCCCUUCGACUGAUAUGUUCCAACUCGGCCUCGUCCUCAAAGUUCUUUGGAAUGUGAUUAAAAGCCCUCAGGCAUGAAACCUCUAUACCAUCUAGAUUUUCUUGCAAUCCUUUUAGCUCAAUGUUGCCGGACUCGGACUAUUGCGCAUUGCCAGUAGAUAAUAUAUUUAUUUGCAAUAAUAUUCAUCAGCACCCAACUCACGUAAAAAUUGAGAUUCUUGCAUUGUGUAAAUAUGAUACGUCGUUAAUAGUUGGGCAUUACAGUGCACACGAAUAAGGAUACUAAAAGAAA